UAAUAGUUGCUAAUAACAUAAAACCUUCGUUUCGCGCUUAUCAUACCCAUUUCUUGUUGAUAGACGAAGGGUAUAGAAAGCGUUUUCGCUUGCGUCGCGGUUUGGCCGUCUUUCUGGCUCUGUCGUGAGUCGGGUUCCGAUUUUACGGGUUGGCGGGGUCGGCACUGCCGACGCCGCUGUCGCCGUCGUCAUUUGCCGACUCCGCUUUGCGACGGCUCUUUCGCCUUAGCUCUUGACGCAGUUGCAAACGUGAGUGCGAAGCGUGUAAACGUGAUUUGGUUUCAAGCUUCAGCUCCGACAGCGCUCUUGUGGUUUAUGCGCGCCUGUUAAUUCAGCGGGACAGAUUGGUAAAAAAGUCGCUGAAAGCUGAAACAAAGCAAAGUGUGUGCUGAAAAUAACUAUUUCAGUUAUUAUGAGUGUUACGAGUGUCAAUAAUGUUCACACAAGCCUCAAGCCGAAUCGAAAGCUAUAUUCGAGUACGUGUGUUAAUAUCCUGUGACUCUUCACACUGGCGAUAAAUCCAAAGCGCGAACCUAUUGGGCCCAGGCCCCAAAGACCAAGGCAAGUGUAGAAUCAUAGUGAAAAUCCUUUAAAGAAAUUUCUACAAGCCGCGAUUCUGUGUAUGUGCCAUUGUGUGUGUGAAACAGAGUGAAAGGAAAUAAUGGAUUUUACGAAAAUGGAUAAGGGAUUGCAAAUUUCAAAACUAAUAAAGUGCGAUUCUCUGGUGCUGCUGCUGCUGCUGUUGCUCAUGGGCAUUGUGAGCUCCUCGCAGGGCAGCAACAGCUUCGGAUUUGACUCGGCCAACUCGUGCAGCCCGAACAGUAAAGUGUCGCGGCGUGGGCGUGCCCAGAUGCUGGCGGCCAUACCGUGCGACCUGGCCAAGCAACCGUUCUGUCAUCUGCCCGGCUCGAUUUACCCGUGGCACGCCGUACGCCGGUUCGUGCACGAGAACCAGGGCCUGAUGAAGCGCAUGUAUGGGGAUGUGCGCCACAUAUCCAUACUGCGCGAUGAGAUCCAGAACAAUGAGGUCGUCGACAUGGACAACAUGGAGGAGGCAGCACAGCGCUACUCCAAGAUGCCGCGCGGCGCCAAGUAUAUGCUGCAUGGCAGGGAUGCAGAUCGAGAUGAGUUCAGCAACUACAAAGGCAACGAUGUGCUCAUGGAGCCACAUUUCCGGCCAGUGUCCACGACGAGUGCAACGACAACUACGACACCGACAACUCCAGCGACCCCAACGACUCCCGACACGACGAGUUUCGCUUCGACUGAGCCAACAGUGGCUGCAAUUGUGCAUCUGGGCGAGGAGCAGCCCAGCGUCGAGUCGAACAGCGUUUACGAGGUGGCCAAUGCCACUGCAGCAACUGCAACAACGACAACAACAACAUCAUCAACAACAACAGCAACAACAACGACGACGGCGCGACCUAAGCAAACGAUCGCAGAUGACCUUCCACAUGACAAUAUGAACAAUAUCGACAGCCCACCACAGGAAGUGGAGCAGGGCCUACGCAAUUUUUCGAGCAACCCUCUGCCUGUGACUCCUGCAGCAGCCUCAAAAGCAACUGCCACACCGUUGCCCAGUCAUAAGCAAAAGGUGAAUGAGAAUGCAACCACGACAAGUCCAUCUAUAGAUGGAGCAGCAUCUGCUAGCAACACCACGGUACAAACUAAGACAACAUCAGCAACACCAACGUCUCCCAUAGCGGCAGCAACAACUGCAACACUCAGCAGCAGCAACAACAACAUCAGCAGCAGCAGUUUAGUCCCACGCAGAAAUGUGACUAAGACGAUAUUAGGAGCAACGACACCUGCCAGCUUUGCAUCGCUCUUCUCGCCCACAUUCACGUCGUUGAUUGCGGACAAGCAGCGCAAGCCGGUGCCGGGCGGCAGUACAUCGUCGACACCUGCCAGCGCUACGAAAGCUGGGCUGUUGCGCGAGGGAGGGCAGUUGUUCCAGGAUGCCAUGAAGCAGGAGCCGAUGGCUGUCACAAGCAAUAUGCGUGGAGUAAAUGCUUGUCCUGUCAAGGACGAGGUGGUUGCUCCGUUCUGGGCGAACAACACGCGUGGCGAGGUCCUGGCGCUGCUCAAUCUGUACCCCUUCGAGCAGUACGUACACUGGGAGAAAUGCACCCAGGAGUUCAAGCAGAUGUUCUGCCGUGAUGGCUGCCGCUGCGAGCAGCAGUACCGGCUGCACCGCCUGCUGGCCUACGACCCGCACAACGAGUGCCGCGGCAUCUUCUCCGACUGGUUCCGCUUCCCCUCCAGCUGCAUAUGCAAGUGUUACAAUAUCCCAAUGGAAUUCCGCGCCACGUCGCGCAGUCCUCGCUCCGACAACAGCUUUGAUGCCACCCAGCCCCAGUCCCGUCCUCAGCCCCAUCUCGAUCCAAUUGAUGCCGCCGAGACCGAGGUCCAGCGAGCUAUCUAUGAGCAUGCGACCGAUCAGUGGUAUCGGCCGCGCGACGAAUACGAUUUCUUUGAGGGCUAGUUACGAUACGAUAGUUGAGUCCCCAAAUAUAAUGAAUAAUGAAAAAUGUCUUCGACUGAGUCUAUUGCUUAUCAACCUAGUCCCUCUAAAUGUACAGUAGUGUAACACCCCCAGAUAUAGCUGAAAGAUAAUAUUACUUAUUUCUGUAAUCAACUUUAACUUACACUAAAUCUAGUUAUGACUUAAGUUUCUAUAUGUUAGAUCAUCUUUUGUAGCCUAAGCAAGUCAUUAUGUUAUUGUAUAUAUAGACCAACAUAAUGUCUCUCCCAGCGAACAUUGACAGAGCAAGUGUACCUAGAAAUAUCUAUUAGACGACGGCGCAGAGCACGUUUAAUAGUAUUGCAUUUUAUGAUUAAGUGCGGCCAUAAUAUACAUAUAUUUUACACUGUAA